AGUGCAUUGUCUUCAUUGACUCUUUUCGUCAUGUUCUCAUCAAAGCUGAUCACUAAAUGUAAUUUUAGCCCUGUAACAACAACCUUUACGAGACCAAGGCAAAGCACAUUCCCGUCUCGCUUUUAUUCUCAAUUAUCGUCUUCUUCACCUUCUCCUCCGUCUCCGCCUCAGAAAACAACCUUUAACAGACCUCCACCAGGACAUACCAGUGCACGAGCGCCACGUUCGUCUACCACAUCGAAUCUGAUCACAUUCCUGGCUGCAUCCUCCAUUGGUGCUGCUGCUUACUUUUAUCAAUGGAACAAAUACCGUGACGAGAGUGGUGUCCUUAGUGGCAGUGGCAGUGGCAGUGGCAGUGGCAGUAGUAAAAGUAAAAGUAAAAGUAGUAGUGACAAUAGUGGUUUAACUAUUGAAAAAUGGACACCUGUGCUCUUGAAAAAGAUCACGCCUGUAUCCGAACAUACAUCCUUAUUCGAUUUCCAAUUACAGAAACCCUGUGUGUUUCCUGUCAGUAGUGCAGUUUAUGUAAAAGAUGACGAGAUUCAAGCAAUGCGAGCAUACACACCUAUUCAUUCAUUGGAAGAAGAAAAAGAAGAAGGACAGGGAAUAGGGCAGGAUUCUUUUCAAUUGUUGAUCAAACGUUAUGGAGAAGGGCAGGUAUCUAGGUUCGUGCAUUCUGCAAGACCUGGACAAAAGAUUGAGAUGCGAGGACCCAUCUUGAUCUGGCCUGGUAGCCGAUCGGAUCUGGCACAGUGGGACGAAAUUGGCAUGAUUGCUGGAGGAACGGGGAUUACGGCAAUGCUUCCUAUUAUUUACUCAGCAUUGACACAUCCUGAUAAGAAGAUCAAGGUCUCAUUGUUAUUUGCUGCACAGGUGCCAGAGGAACUGUACUUCAAAGACCAACUGGAUCAAUUGCAAAAGACCUAUUCCAAUCAGCUUUCUGUUGUCUAUACUGUGGAUAAAAUACCCUCCUCUCCUACACCAACAACAACAGCUGAGGAAUGGAAAGGAUAUGUAGGAUACGUAAACCAGGACAUGCUAAAGGGCUUGAUGCCUACGCCAAAUAAGACACUGGAUGCUCCUGCUCCUGCUUCCUCUUCUCCUCCCGAGAACCAAACAGAUAUUGGCAAUGGUAAUAGUAAUGGCAAUACAACUGGAAAAUCAAUUGUCCUGAUCUGUGGACCUGAGAGUAUGGUCAAGCAUGUGGCAGGUUCCCGAGGCAUUAAUGGUCAGGAACCUGUCCGUGGUAUUUUGGGAGCUAUGGGUUAUCAAAAAGAUCAAGUCUUUCGCUUCCCAAACUAGGAUAAUAAAGCAUGGAUUAAUAUUAAAACGU